GCGAGGUCAAGUAAAAAAAAUUCCAGCUCCAAACGUUAAUCGUUAAAGCUUUUUAAUGAACAUGAUUCAGUUUUUAACACGCCAUCAAAAUAAUAAAGAAACCGUGUCUAUCGAAGUUAAAUAACUUGCUUUUUUUUGGACACAGCUAGCUUUUAUCUUUCAGUGUACCACACAAAUAGAAAUAUUAAUGACUGCGGUCCAGUGUAUGAAUAUGAAUUUCAAACAUAUCAAAGUUUCAACGGAAAUGUGUAGGAUAUUAUGUGUUCGCACACAGAGAGGGAACGAGGGAGAAAAGAAAGAGCAGUAACCAGCCCAGUUAAAGUAAAGUAAUAACACUGGGACCCGCAGAGAGCUGAAAAACUCAGUCUGGUGAAGUUUCAAACGGAGUUUGAGUUACUAGAGGUUUUGAUAAACACAGAAAUGUCACAUACGGGAAUGUUGUGCGACCAAUAAGCAUCCAGCAGGUUUAUUUUGGCAGGCUGACUGCGCAUGGCUACAGUCAAUAUGGAAACAUUACGGAGAGAAUUAGCGAACAAAUUGUGGCCACGUCAAAUUAGCACGCUACCAAGGCAACAGCCUGGGGAUUUAGAAACACAAUUACAACACAGGAAGCACAUGCCAUAACUUUACGACUGCGAGCCAGACAGUAAACAAACCGGAUUUAGCCACCGCCGUGUCAUUCCAGAUGUGACUGACAAGUCGUUUUAUGUCGCCUGCAUUGAGUCCUGUGCUGUUCAUCUCGGAGAGACUGUGACACCAUGGCUUUGGUUAUGGAACCUAUAAGUAAAUGGACACCAAAGCAAGUACUGGACUGGAUGAAAGGUCUGGAUGACUGUCUCCAGCAGUACGUGAAGAGUUUUGAGCGGGAGCAGAUGGGGGGAGAGCAGCUACUGCACAUCACCCAUCAGGAGCUGGAGGAGCUGGGCGUCACCAGAAUAGGACAUCAGGAGCUCAUCCUGGAAGCUGUCGACCUCCUCUGUGCCCUGAACUAUGGCCUAGAGACAGAGAACCUCCGGACUCUGUCCCACAAGUUGAAUGCUUCAGCGAAGAACCUCCAGAACUUCAUCCUGGGCCGGCGGAGGGGCGGACACUAUGAUGGACGAGCUUCCCGUAGGCUACCCAAUGAUUUCCUCACCUCAGUGGUGGAUCUGAUUGGUGCAGCCAAGAACCUGCUAGCCUGGCUCGACAGGUCUCCAUUUGCCAGUGUGACAGAGUAUUCAUUACUGAAGAACAACAUUGUGCAGCUCUGCCUAGAAUUAACUACCAUUGUACAACAGGAUUGCACUGUGUAUGAGACAGAGAAUAAGAUUCUCCAUGUGUGUAAGACCUUAGCAGGGAUAUGCGACCACAUCAUCUCUCUGUCGUCAGACUCUCUGGUCUCUCAGUCUGCCCAUCUGGAGGUGGUCCACCUUACCAGCAUCAUGCCCAGUGAAGGGCUGGGAAUGUAUAUUAAAUCGACGUAUGAUGGACUCCACGUUAUCACCGGCACCACAGAGAAUUCUCCUGCAGACCAGUGUAAGAAGAUCCAUGCAGGGGAUGAGGUGAUCCAAGUCAACCACCAGACAGUGGUUGGCUGGCAGCUGAAGAACCUGGUUAACGCUCUGAGAGAAGACCCAUGUGGAGUCAUCCUCACGCUGAAGAAAAGGCCCCAGAACACCCUGAGCUCCACGCCGGCUCUGCUCAGGAACGUCCGCUGGAAACCACUGGGCCUGCAGCCAAUCCCCACCAGCCCCACCAGCACCUCCCCUACACCCGGUGGAACUUUGGGCAUGUCCAAAAUGGACGCCCCCAGCAUGCAGGACGUCUAUAUCCUCUCUCCUGUCUCUGGACUCUACAGCACCAGGGAGGAGCUGGGUAUGAUGUCAUGCGACGACAUUAGCCGCUACAGCGUCAGCUCCCAGUCUGGCUCCAAAGGUUCAGAGGCAGUCAGCUACUACCUGGACCAGGACAGCGGCCAGUUCUUCUCCCUGCUAGAGGGAGAUGGACCCCCAGGGCCUGACUACGACAGGGGCCGCAAUACGGGGGUUCGCCGGCGGGAUAAGACCCCCACCCAUGGUGACCUCAGGCCUGUUUCCAUGCCUCCCGAAUAUAACUGGAUGGCCGAGGCCAAGGAACCCAGCAUGGGCAAGAGAGGGAGCCGAGAUUCAGACAACUCCCUGCUGCGUUACCUUAGCGACGACAAGAUCCUGGUGAUCGAGGAGGAGCCCGAGGGUCCGGGCAGAGAGAGUCGGCGGGAUUCCACAAGACGCUCUCGGCGCAAGAGCCGGAAUCCCAGCAGCCCUAGCUUUCCCAUUAGCCCCUCCAUGCUGUCCUCCACCCUGCGCCUAGAUCAGCCACCUGAUGCUUUGCCUCGAGGUGCGGACACACUGCGAGCAGACACAACAGACAGGUACUCCGGCUCAGGAAGCUCAGGAGCGGCCUCCAUGAGGAAGUCUUUCCAUUACACCUCUCUAAGAACGAAAACCAAAAAGCGAAGUAAAGGUUCCCUCACUAGUGCCAGUCGAAGGAGAAUUUCCUGUAAGGACCUCGGCCAUGGUGACUGUGAGGGCUGGCUGUGGAAGAAGAAGGAUGCUAAAGGCUACUUCACCCAGAAAUGGAGGAAGUACUGGUUUAUCCUCAAAGAGUCCUGCCUUUACUGGUACACCAAUCAAAAUGAUGAGAAGGCUGAGGGCUUCAUCAGCCUCCCAGAGUUCAGAAUAGACCGAGCCAUAGAGUGCAGACGGAAAUUUGCCUUCAAAGCCUGUCAUCCCAAAAUCAAGAGCUUCUUCUUCGCCACAGAUUGUCUUGAGGAAAUGAACAGGUGGAUGAACCGACUGGGGCUAGCUGCUAUUGGCUACACACCAGAUGACAAGGUGCCACGCCCUGAUGAAGACUACUGGAGUGAGAGUGAUCAAGACGAGGUCGAUGGCUCAAUGACGCUUAAACAGGAGGGACCCUCAUCCCUCUGUGAUACUUAUCACCGCACACCAUCAGCUAACCUCCUUCACAGUUAUGACCAGUUGCCCCGCUCAGUCAGCUCCAUGAGCCUCAUGCGUUCCACUCCGUCCCCACUCCCUCCACCAAUGAGUGCCUCCACCUCCCCCAUCCCUCCACAGAUGGUCUCUUCCACCUCCCCUCUCCCUCUCCAGGUCAAUUCCUCAAGCCCCUUCCCGGAGCCCAAGCACGGCCGACAUUUCUCCAGCGAGUCCACACACUCCCACUCCUCGGCCGAGGACCAGCGUGGAGACGGCAUGGGUAUGGGGACGGGCACAGGCAGCACCAGUACCCACUCAUCAGGCUGCCGUUCUUCCCAUCGUGAGCGUCGCUCCUGGCAGGACCUAAUUGAGACCCCUCUGACCAGCGCAGGGCUGCACUUCCUCCAGACAGCGCCGGGGGAGAGUGAUUAUGGAGGUCUAAUGGGGAGCAUGGCUGGAGAGAUGGGGCUAUACGGAGGGCUGGGCAGACAGGGCAUGUCCCCGGAGAGACGCAGGCAGGCCACGCUGCCCGUACGGAGACACCAUGCCGCAGAGAGGGACAGAGAGCGGGACGGGCCCUUCCCUCUGGAGCGAGGCCCACACACACACAGCCACACACACCGACGGUCUCACAAGCAGCGCAGCCAGAGUCUGCCCAGGAACAGGGACCCGAUGCCAGGAAAGCUGUUACACACCUCAGCUCAUAUGGAGGAGAGGAGCGAGGAUGAGGAGGCAGAGGGGCAGGCUGCAGAUAUUCUGCAGGGUGAGGAGGCAGUGAAUCUGACUGGUCCUCUCCUGGGUGUCUCAGACCUGCGGGAGUUGAGAGUUGAGAGCAGAGAGAGGAGGGUGUCGGAGGGAAGGGAGCGGCGGGUGUCAGAGGGCCGUGAGCCGGAGCCGUUGGACGGGCUAGAGCAGCUGUACCGGGCCCUGGAGCAAGCCAACGUGACGGCCCUAGGAGACCCAAGACCCUGUAGCAGGCAGGAGCUUCGACGUUGUUUCACCCAGAGAGCCAGGGACCCUCUGCUUAACGACAGGCUGCACCGGGUCCGAGCCCUCCGCAGCACCCUGAAGGCCAAAGAGUCCGAGCUGGCAGUAAUCUGUGCCCUCCUGGAGGACCCUGGCCUGUGCUCCCAGACCUUCAGAGAGUGGAAGCAGUGGCACAGCGAGCUCUACUCAGACAUCUGCCAGCUCAGUCCAGGCACCAACGGCCAGGACGACCUCUCCCCGCUGGCCGCACCUCUCAUGACCCACACACACUCCUUCAUUGAGACACAUGUGUGAGAAAGAGAAGAGAAGCAAAGACUGAACUGAUUCACACACUCACUUUUAGGCACAGACAGACAGACACACACACACACACACACACACACACACUGGGAGCUUUACAUUAGCUAAAUCCUCUCUCCUGAUCACGACUCUGAGCACGCACUCACACACGCACACACACACACACAGGAACACACAUUGUAAGAUGUGUAAAUAUCAUAGAGGGAAGAGUCUGAGACCUGCGUGUAUGAACUUUUGAUAAUCCUGAGGACCCCACAGGGUGCCUAUUGCAUGCCUGAACAGAAAGCAUUAAUCUUCCUUUGUCUAUGGAACUCAGCAUAAACUCCACACGCUUGUCGAGCAAAAUGGAAAAAAAGGAAUCUUUUUAACAUGUUCUUUCCUUUGUAUUCUCUUGGUUUUGCUCUUUUUUCCUGUUGAUUUUAGGGGGCAGGGGGAGCUAUGUAGCAGCAAUACAGAGGAGAAUCCUUUUCACCACAGCACUGUACUACUUUUGUACUGAUGAACUUUGCACCCAGAGCCACCACUUCUCCCCCUUUCUCUCUUUUUUUCUCUCUCACUGCAUAUCUUGUUGAUCUGACGGGACAGUGUGGAGAAAGUAAAGGCAGUGACUUUAGUAAAAGACUGUGAAAGGUAGCCAUCAAUGCUGGUUUACCUGUUUUAGCCGUUCCUCUGGGAAACGAUGAAAACAAGCGUCACAAGCAUUGAAGGAACCAUUGUGCUGGCUAGAUGCACACUAUUUCAAACUGUGAACUGUUCAAAAAAACCCACAAUUUUAUCUACAGAAAGAGGCUCCUCUGAUAGCGUGCAAUUCUCUGAUUCAGUUUGCAUUCUCUCUCCCUCUCUUUCUUUCUUUUCCUCUCUCUCUCUGUGUUUCUGUCCAUCUCCUCCUUCUCUUUUCUUAAUUUUUCCUUUGUUUCCUCUCUCUCUCUCUCUCUGUCUCUCUCUCUCUACUCGUCAAAGACUUGUGUAUAUGUGUAUACUGCUGUGUAUACUGAUGUAAAUGUUUGCGUUCCACUACCACUGUGAUAUGCUUCUAGAGGUAGCGGAGGGAAGACAUAGAGUAUGUAUUUGCGUGGGUGCAAAACAAAUUAUUUUUUUUUGUUUGUUUCUAAUUUUUUUUUUUAAACAGCGAAUGCAAGAGCUAGAGAGUUCUUUUCAAAGGAGUCACUCACUACAAAGAAUGCACUUUCUAUAUCUCUAUAUCUCAUUGGCUGCAUCACAGGGUCUAUGUCUCAUCGGCCUCUUUACCAUUGCUGUUCAAAAUAUCAGGUAAAAGCAUUUGCCGUCUCAUUUUCUAAAGAUUUGUGUACAGUCAACAAAUAUAUUUAAACAUAGAAGAAUAUAUAAAUCUAUUUACGUUUUGUGUCAUAGAUAUAAUGUAAAGUAUGAUGUAUUCUAUGCCAAGGUUUUGCAGUGUCCCCUUCUUCACUCUGUAGAUGCAGGGUGUUUAGCAGUUGAACAACUAGGAGGCAGACAACAACAACCACCAUCAUUGACAGUUGAUUGACAGUUUUUAGUGGUUUACAUCACAGCUGACCCUUCUCCUGGUGAUGUGUUGCAUGAGAAAAGGCCUGGGGCUGAUUUGAUUGGACAGGGUAAAAUAUUGUGGAUCAUUUGCGUUCUUUUUUUUCUUGUUCUUUUUUUACCUUCCUCCCAUGAUUGCAAGAUAAUUAGACUUGUAGCGCAUGAUACAUGCAAAAGCACUGUCGAAGAAUGACUUUUUAUUUAUAUGUUCAUAGAUUUGAUGUAUUCUUCUUAUUUUCAUUAGUGUUUGAAGACACACACUGUACAAUAACUGAGUGAGGCAUGUUUGCUGCUCAGUUACUUGAUCUAAUGCAGAUCCUCCUUUAGCAUCCUAGAAGGAGGUUUCAAUUUGAUGUUUUGGUUUACAUAGAAAGACUGACACGUGUCCAAAGGCUUCAGGAAUCUUACCUGAGAGGGAACAGUACAGUUACUAUUUUGACAUUCCCUCUAAGCAUAUAGUUGAAACUGGACGGUCAAAGACAUCUACACUAAAUGGUCUGUAAUGUCUGUGAAACCCGGAUGAAUCAUUUCAUCUGCAAUACCAGGCCAAGGACUCAACGAUGCCCCCCAGUGUCGAAGACUCUGAGAGACAAGCGUAGCACCUGCUGCAUCCAGCGAUAUCUGUACUUAGUCUUCAUAUUUUACUGUAGUUCUUUGAGUGUAGGUUCAGGUUUUUUCAUCAUGUCACACUGUUGUGAAAUAUCAAACACACCCCAGAGAUAUAGCUCAUGUUUUUUGAAUGGUUAAUUUGAGAGUACCACAAAGAAACUAAAUGAUGCAAGCACUUUCCCUGUGCCUCCCAACCCUCUCUUUGGCAACGAUGGACUGACUACACUGGUGAUCCUACACACACACAGCUGUAGAGGAGUUACAAUACAGUUUUAGUCUGCAGACCUCUCAUCUUUAGCGUUGGUUUUCUUUUUCCAACCGCUGCUCCGCUGAGCAGACGACAUACUGUAGAUUAAGGAGUGCGAGUUAUGAUUUGUUGGCACAGACUGUGUUAUUGCUCCCAGAUCUUUGUGUGUGUAGACCUGCAGAAACAGGCCGAAAAGGGAGAUUCCACUGUGUGUUCUUUCAGGGGUGUACACCUCAUGGUACAUUGCACAGGUGUGUAAGAUGUAAGUUGCACUGCGACAUUAAAAAAGGAACAUAUUGCUCUUUUUCAAGGAUAAUAUUAGCUUACUGUUAUUCUGUACAUUAAACUGACUAAAGAUGAUAUUAAAAAAGAAAGAAAAUGACAUUUAUUCUUCCUAAAGUAGCCUUUUUUGGUUUCAUAUAUAUGAAUAUAUAUUACAAAAAAUACAGAUUGUAAACUUAAGUUGUUAAACUUUGACUUCAAUAAACUGAAUCCUCUGCACUAUGA